AUGGCGACGAGAAUACCCCACCUGCUGGAGAGCUACCUCGCCCUCCCGCCCGAAUACGCCCAGAUCCUCCUCACCAGCGUCCUCGGCGCCAGCACCAACUGGCUCGUCCUGCGGUACCUGUACACGUACCUCAGGAAACCCAACGCCGCAGCCGAGGAGGGGGGGGCUGCAGCUUCACAGGCUGGGGACGUCCGCGUCGUUCUCGUCAGCUUCAUGAGAGAUUUUGCUUUUUGGAAAGAGGGCGCUGGGAGACUGGGACUCGACCUCGAAGGUCUAGGAAGAAGCGGUAGAUUCGUCUUCGUGGACGGGCUGAGCGGCUUAUUCUCCUCCCCUAACCAGGCGGCGCCGUCGACGACAAUCAAGGGCCGGAGAACUCUCCGUGGUGCGAGGCUGGCCGACAUACAGCGCGAGCUCGACGGGGCGGUAUCGGAUGUCGCCGCGGGGGACGCCAGGACGGUCUUGAUCGUGGACCAGCCGGACCUCUUGCUCGCUGCGUCUGGCGAGGACCUUACGGGCCUUGCGUUGAGAAAUAUGCUGCUUGAUGUGCAAGAGAAAGUCCACGCCUCCAUCAUCACCGUCGCCGCAGACGAACCCCUCAUCGCGGCUCAGACCACGACGCUGGAGAAGGAGCACGCGAGUCUCGUCCUCGGACUGGCGCACGCCGCGGAGACGGUCAUCGGUCUGAGGUUGCUUGACACGGGCAACGCGAGCGACGUCAGCGGGGUGUUGAGGGUCACUGCGGGAGGGGAUGGCGGGAACGGGGAGGAGAGGGCGGUCGAGGAGACGGAGCUGUUGUACUUUGUUGGCGGGGAUGGGAGCGUCAAGGUCUUUGGGAGAGGGCAGUGA